CCAACAGAACAGUCGCACAGAUGAAGACAUGAUCGCAUGUCACUGGGCAAAGAACUCACUUGACAGCACUAAAGAGAACAUUUAACUGAAACCUUCAAUGGUUCUAAGAUUGCAGCAGUUGAUAAAGGUUUUGGUUCUUUGAGCAACACACGCAUUUACCACUCCUGAAAGGCGAUUAAGAUGCCCCUAACAAAUUCCACAAAUUGCAAUGUUUACUCUGAAAUGGAGGCAUUUCCUUAUUUUUAUUACUUGAUCUUCCUUGUUGGGUUCAUCGGAAGCUGCUUUGCUCUUUGGACGUUCAAAAACACAAAGCGGAAUCACAAAAGUAUGAAUGUCUACUUACUUAACCUUCUAACAGCAGAUUUUUUGCUAACCCUUGCUUUGCCUGUGAAAAUCAUUAUUGACUUAGGUGUUGCACCCUGGAAACUGAAAAUAUUCCACUGUCAAGUUACAGCUUGCCUGAUAUAUACCAACAUGUACUUAUCAAUCAUCUUCUUGGGAUUUGUAAGCAUGGACCGUUGCCUUCAAUUAAUACACCAGAGCAAAAUCUAUCGCAUCCAGGAACCUGGUUUUGCCAAGAUGAUAUCAGUAGUAGUAUGGACAUUAGUUCUCUUUUUCAUGGUGCCAAACAUGGCAAUUCCAAUCAAGGAAAUCAAAGAAUCACCAACUGUAGGCUGUAUCGAUUUCAAAACAGAAGUGGGAAGAGAUUGGCAUCUGUUCACCAAUUUCAUAUGUUCUGUAAUAUUUCUAAAUUGUUCAGCCAUGGUUCUAAUUUCUAACUGCCUGGUGAUCAGACUACUCUAUCAAAACAAAUACAAUGACAGCUACGAAAAUGUAAAAAAAGCUAUGGUGAACAUACUUAUAGUAACUGCAAGCUACAUCAUAUGCUUUCUUCCGUACCAUAUUGUUCGGAUCCCGUAUACACUGAGCCAAAGCAAAGCUAUAACCACAGACUGCUCUCUCAAACAAUCCCUCUUUAAAGCAAAAGAAUCAACAUUACUGUUUGGUGUGUCUAAUCUGUGUUUUGACCCUAUUUUGUAUUUUUACCUUUCAAAGACAUUUAGACUGAAAGUGACUAAGACAUUUGGAUCAUCUAAAGACAGGAAUGUGCUCCCAAAUGAUCAGAUACAGCAUGGAGAACAGACACAGCUCUUUGAUGCUUCACUUGAGAGGUUGGGGGCCCUUCCAGAUGAUCAAUUUUGUGCUCUUUAAAAAGACUUUUGUCUCCCAGUUUUUAUGCACAGUCCCCACAUCUUUCACUCAGGUAGCAGUUUGUUUACAGAAGCAUAUCAUUUCCUGAGCCAAGUGACACACUGUGUACCAGGGGAAAUGAGUGAUACCACAGAUAAUAUAUUUCGUGCAAGUUGCUAUUGCAGUGUAUAAUUUUGUUAUACAAGUGUCAGCAGGAUGUACUGUGUUUUGUCUCUGAAGUGUUUAAUAAAAAGUGAGAAUUCUUUCA